UCUUUAUAAAGAGUUACAAGCCACCCUCCAUCUGAUCGAUACAAAGAAACAAGAGACAUGCACCAAGACAACGAAUCCAAUCCGGGUUCGAAUCCGGGCCCCAAGUCAAACUACUUGAUCGUUCGGCCUCACCGAGGUGGCUACAGAGACCUUUUUCAAUACGGUGUGAGAGGAGACGAAACUAGCAAAAACAAGUUCCUCGAACGACCUGAUGAUCACUCCGACAGGACCACAUCGGCGAUCAAUGUACAAGCCGGUGAUCACCGAUGGGUCAUCGUGGUCUCGAUCCUCGUCCGCAAGAUCAUCGGGCUUCUCCGAACACCGAUGGAAUACACGGGUUUGGUCGUUGACUUUGUGCUCAAUCUCUUGUCUGCGAACGGUGGCUUCUUCGGUUUGGUUCUUGGGCUGAUUAAAGCGAAGGUAGUGGUACCAGAGAGAGGCUCUGUGGAUUUUGUUAGUACGAUUGGUCAGCUUGAUGGGAGGAUUGAUCUUUACAAAGGUUGGAGUUUCGUCGAACAGUUGGUGUGCAUGGAGGAUUCGGUUUAUUCCGGUUCUUCUGGGAGAGUUGGAAUCGAACCGGGGAGUCGUGGGCUUAUGGAUUUGUGUGUGAUGGCGUCGAAGCUUGCGUAUGAGAACGCUAAAGUUGUUGAAAACGUUGUGAAUCUCCAUUGGAAGAUGAAUCUGGUUGAGUUCUUGGAUUGUUGGAAUGAUUAUCAGAAGCAGAUGUCUACACAAGUGUUUAUACUCACCGAUAAGGAGAAAGAUGCAGACUUGAUACUGAUCAGCUUCAGAGGCACUGAGCCGUUUGAUGCAGAUGACUGGGGAACAGACUUUGACUAUUCUUGGUAUGAGAUCCCCAAUGUGGGUAAGCUUCACAUGGGUUUCAUCGAAGCAAUGGGUUUAGGUACCAGAGACUACACUCCCACUUUCGAUUACCAUCUCGUCGAGCUAAGCUCCUCUGAGAAAGAGAAUAACCAAAAGAAUCUCCCAGAGAUGGUAGAGAGAAGCGCUUAUUACGCAGUUAGAGAAACUCUGAAACGUUUGCUUGCGGAGCACGCAAACGCCAAGUUUGUAGUCACGGGUCACAGCUUAGGAGGCGCGUUAGCGAUUCUGUUUCCCACGUUGCUGGUGUUGAAAGAGGAGACGGAGAUGAUGAGGAGGCUGCUUGGGGUUUACACUUUCGGACAGCCUAGGAUCGGGAACAGAGAGAUUGGUAGUUUCAUGAAAGCUAAACUGAAUCAACCUGUAGAUAGAUACUUUCGUGUUGUGUACUGCAACGAUCUUGUCCCGAGAUUGCCUUACGACGACACAACGUUCCUCUACAAGCAUUUCGGAGUCUGUCUUUACUACGACAGUUUCUACAACGAGACAAGAGCAGAGGAUGAACCGGAUCCGAACCCUUACGGUAUGCGUUAUGCGGUCCUUGCUCAUGUAAACGCGGUUUGGGAGUUGGUUAGAGGUUUGAUGAUGGGGUUCAUUUAUGGACCGGGUUAUAGAGAAGGAUGGUUUAGGAUCUUGUUUAGGCUCAUAGGACUGAUGAUUCCAGGCCUCUCGGAUCAUUGCCCGACUGAUUAUGUUAACUCGGUUAGGCUUGGACCAGAUUAUGACCUUCAGAUGUCUCCUCUUUGAAGAGUGCUCUGUUUUUUUUGAACCGGAACUUGGUUCCUGGAAUAAAUCUUGACUGAACCAGGACUCGGUUAAGAUGUAGGUUUGUAAAUAGAAUAAGAUGAGUUCUGUUUUUGUUUUUAAUUAGUUUUUGAGCUUGAACCAAUAAAAGAGUAAAUU